GUCUCUGCUCUGCCACUCCUUUCCCCUCCCCUGCGCUUUCAUCUGUGACCGUGACCCACCUACGUUGAGUGAGUGAGAGAGAGAGAAUGAACGAGGGUGAAAGAAAAAAGAAGCAGCAGAAGAGGAGCAUGGAUGCUGAGAAAUGCAGCAAGUAAGGUGGCUGUGGCUGCAGCAUAUGCAUGUGGGUGGAAGAAACCUCUGCUUUAUCCACCAUCUCUCACUAUCCCAAAUUCCUCAUCUGCAUCUCCAUCAACAACAAAAAACUCGUCAAGGGAGCUGAGAGAAGAAACAUGUUGCAGUAUCAUCCCUCAUAAGAAUUUGUGUACAAUAUGUUUAGAUCCUCUGAGUUACGACAGUAAAGGCAGCAGUCCGGGUCAAGCUAUAUUCACUGCUCAGUGUUCUCAUGCAUUCCAUUUUGCUUGUAUCUCCUCCAAUGUCUGCCAUGGUAAUGUCACUUGCCCAAUUUGCCGUGCCCAUUGGACCCAGCUCCCUCGCAACCUCCACAACAACCUUUGCAGUUCGAUUACUGCUAUUAACCAAAGUGAUCCAAUCCUGCAAAUUCUUGACGACUCUAUUGCUACCUUCCGUGUUCAUCGCCACACUCUGUUGCGAUCCACCCGCUACGAUGAUGAUGAUCCUGUUGAGCCUGAUGAAGCAUCAAACUUACCCAAGCUGUGUUUCUCUCUUGUACCUAUUCCCCCAAAUACAGCUACUAGUUUCCACCCAGCUUCUCAAGUGACCAAGCAUGCCUCAUGUCAUUGCUAUCUAUCCCUUCAUCCUCUAUCCUGCAGCUCCUCAUCAUUGCUACAGUCUCCACCUAUACAUACACCAUAUAUCAUGUGCCCCUCCUCUAAUAGAUCUUAUCUUUCGUUAAAACUAGCCCCUGAAUUAGCAACUGACUUGGUCUUAGUUGCUAGCCCCAAUGGACCACAUCUGAGGCUUUUCAAACAAUCCAUGGCUUUGGUGGUUUUCUCCCUCAGACACGUUGAUCGCUUGGCCAUUGUUACAUUCUCCUCAGCUGCAACCCGUGUCUUCCCUUUAAGACGCAUGACGCCUUAUGGGAAGCGCGCUGCCCUUCAAGUUAUUGAGCGUGUAUUUUAUAUGGGACAAGCUGAUCCAGUUGAAGGGGUAAUGAAAGGAAUUAAGAUACUGAAAGAUCGCGCACACAAGAACCCCAAGUCUUGUAUACUACAUUUAUCAGAUUACCCUACAAGACCAUACCAUGCUAUGAACAUGGAACUCCCAUCCACACCCAUUUACAGAUUUCGUGUGGGAUUUGGAUUUGGCACUUCUAAUAGAUUUGUCAUACAAGAAUUUGAGGGGUUAUUGGCCAAAAUGCUGGGAGGCAUUGUCCGAGAAAUCCAACUGAGAAUUUGUGGGACUGGUGAGGAAGUUAGCAGUGGCAGGGUCAUAAGAAUUGAAGAGAUGAGGGGCGGAGAAGAAAGGAGAGUUAUAUUAGACCUGGGUGACUGUACACAUGUAUGUGUAGAAUAUAGCUACACUGAAGGAGAAAUUGAAGAGCGUGUUAGAAGAACUGGGGAAACUGUUGUAGGUGUUGGAGACCAUAAGGGUAGUGUUACAGAAGCUGCUGAGGAGAGGAGGAGGGAUAUGAAUACAGUUGUUAGGACUACCAGCGUUGAAAGCUGGAAUUUUCAUGACCCUUACAUGGCCAGAAGAUGGGCCAAGCACUUGCAGGGUUAUAGGCUUUGAAAAUGCAACGCUCUCUCUCUAGACCAAUGCAUUCCUAUUCGGAAAUUUUUACGACUUCACCAAUCCCCUGCAUUUAUAGCAUGUGUAGUUCAUCUUAAAUCUAUAAAUAUAUUCAUUUAUUUUUC